AUGCCUUGUGUGCAAUCCGAGCAACGUGUCAAGCUUCUCGAGGUGCAGAACGUGAAGCUGACCGAGGUGAAGAACAAUCUGCGACAGAACCGUCUGAAGGCGCAGCAGGACAUCCGUCAGUUCGUCACCGCAAUGAUCGUUUCGCUGCGUGAACGCGAGCGUCAACUCGUCGGAGACCUCGAUCGGGCCUACUAUCAGAUGGAGGGAAAGAUCGUCAACCAAUUGGACAUUGUCUCUGAGGAACUCGGUGAGCCAGUUUUUGUCUUCUCACAAUUACCUUAAUUUCAUUUCAGCUGCCUGCCAUCUCGGCCUCCCGGUCAAUAAAUCGCUUCUGAAUCUCGAUGAGGACGUACGUCUCGAACUCGAGCUUCCGAUCUCUGAGAUCAAGGCGAUGCACGAGCACAUUCUAAAGAUGGGCGAGGUCCGUGCUUCCCAGAACUGUCAGAGACUCUCGGUGAAGAAGGUCGGAAGAACUCUUCCGCUGGACAUGGAGACGUACGACGACGACAGCAUGUGGCUUCUGACCAAGAAGAGCAAAACUGACAUGUCUCCUGAUACUCCGCAUGAGGUGGACACUGUUAAGAACUGGCUGAGUCGCCUUCCGGACGGAAAUGCCGCUCUCAACUUUGAUCUUUCCUCGUUCGCUGCCGUGGAGACGAAAAGCGAGAGCUCCGAGAGCACCACCAGCUCUUUUGAGCUUUUGAAUGAGGCGGCGAUGUGUCUGCAAUACAAUUCGAACGCGGAGAGAGUGUUCCGACAGAAGCUCGACGAAAUUUACGCAGAGCCGAGCAGCAAGUGGUUGCUCCGUUCGGACGACGAGAGCUCUUCGACCCACUUGCCACGUGCGCCGGUUCCGGAGAGCUUCCGCGCGGACGACGAGGAACUGGAUUCAGAUGACUAUGACGACGACGAUAAAAUGGACGUCGAGUGGUAGGAAAAUAGCAAAGUACUGUUUCUUAUCUCUGUUAUCAUUUUCAGCUCGUCAGACUCGUUCAAAUUCAUCGACGUCAUCACUCAACUACAGAACUCCAACGACACUUUGUGGCUGGUCACACCGAAAGUAGCACCACAAAGCGAAGAGGGCGAAGAUCAGAGUGAUCAGAGUGCGGCGGCCGAGCAUCGACGAUUCCUCCAAAAGAAUGCAUUCUAA